AUGGUUGCUGUGACCACCAUGGGAUGGUUCUCAGAAAUGGGCUCACGCGUCGGCCACCACCUCAUCCCCUCUCUCUCCGCCGAAUCCAAGAAGGCCACCCAUCUCGGCAUCCUUGCGUUCGAAACUGCAAAAACCAUGUCACGUUUAGUCUCCCUAUAUAGAUCUCUUUCUGACGAAGAAAUCUUCAAGCUCAGAAAAGUGGUCAUGAAAUCCGAAGGUGUCGCCUACUUGAACUCCAAAGAUGAAGCCUUCCUAUUCAGCCUCGCCUGCGCCGAGAGGCUAGAAGAUCUUGAUAAGGUCGUAGCCGCGGUGGCUCGAUCAGGCCACAAGUGCGCAGACUUUGGCUUGAAAAAAUUCGACCUCGUAUACACAGAUCUCAAAAUGGGUUAUAUUGAUUUGGCAAAAUUAGAAUAUGGGUCGAAAGAGAUAGAGAAAAAAGUCCAGAAAAUGGAGAGAUUGAUAUCGGCAACGUCGGGUUUGUAUGCAUCAUUGGAAUCUCUCACGGAAUUGGCGAUAUCAGAGCAAAAGGUAACUCAAUGGAAGAAGAAUUGCACUACGAUAGAAUCGGAGAAGAUGAACUUUGACAUUCUCUAUCAGCAGAUCGCGAACCAGAGAAAACAGGUUCGCCAUUUCAGAGAAACGUCCUUAUGGAGCAAGUCGUUUGAUAAAAGUGUUGGUCUAAUGGCACGCCUUGUAUUAAUUGUUUAUGCUCGAAUGUGUGUUGUCUUCGGUCCAUAUAUUCCAGUUCUACCUGCAAUUACGUUGCGUAAUGUUCUUUCUCCACGAAAAAGAGAGAUGACCCCAGUUUGCCUUACAGAACCAACGAAAGAACAAGUUUGUUCACGAUCCGGACCCAUCCCAACAAGUUCUAAGUCCAGUUUGGUCCGAUUCUAUAGCCGAAGAUCAAUUCUGUUCUUAUCUGAAGAUAAUGGUUAUGGGUCUGAGGGGUUUGUGAAGAAUAAUAGAGUUCUUCACGCAGCGAGCCCAUCGACGGUGGGUGGUUCUGGGCUGGCCUUCCGGUACGCAAAUGUAAUACUCUUGGCGGAGAUGUACUUGAACUCGCCGGUGACGAUAGACCAUGAUGAACGUGAAAACUUGUACGAGAUGUUGCCGGAGAAUCUGAAAAUGUUAGUCCGAUCAAAGCUGAGGAAGAAUGUGAGGAGUCAUCACAUGGAAGACGAUGAGUCGUUAGCGGAGGGGUGGAGGGAGGCGUUGGCGGCGAUAAUGGGGUGGCUAGCGCCGCUGGCUCACCAUACGGUGAAGUGGCAGAUGGAGAAGAAUUUUGUGAAGAUGAACUUUGAUUCGAAGCCGUCGGUGUUGUUAUUACAGACAUUACAUUUUUCGGAUAGAGAGAAGACAGAGGCUGCCAUUGCUGAGGUGUUGGUAGGGUUGAGUUGUAUAUAUUGGUACGAGAAUCGCCGGUCGGACGAGUUCUGAAGAUGGAGAUCCGAGAUUACUAGGUACUUUUGAUUGUAAUAGGUUUUAGAAGAUGGAUUUGUAUCAUUUCGAUUUCGAGUUUUGUCGACUUGGAGCAAUUUUAAUCGGUUAGGUCACACUUGUUGAAUUUUAGGUGUUUGAUGAUUAAACUUGACGGAUCGACAAAAUCUGAACUGAGAGAGGAUCUAGAUCUAAUGUGAUAAGGUCCAUGUAGCAUUGUCCAAUGUUAUACUAUUACCUAGUUAUUU